AUGAAAGAACUGGUUCAAGGCUCUACGUCUCCUCCUGUUGCUACGACUAUAUUCUUUGGUGCAAACGAUGCAGCUCUUAAAGGAAGAACCAGUGAUAGGCAACAUGUGCCGGUGGAAGAGUACAAAGAUAAUGUCAGAAGAAUUGUUCAGCAUUUGAAGAAAUGUUCACCUACAAUGUUGAUUGUGCUUAUAACUCCACCACCAAUUGAUGAAGCUGGGCGGCAAAGUUAUGCAGAAUCAUUAUAUGGUGAGAAAGCUAUGAAAGAGCCUGAGAGGACGAAUGAAACAACGGGAAUCUACGCACAACAUUGUGUCUCAUUAGCCGAGGAACUCGGUCUGCGAUGUGUCAACUUAUGGUCUAAGAUGCAAGAAACCAAUGAUUGGCAGAAAAAGUACCUAAGUGAUGGUUUGCAUCUCACGCCUGAAGGCAAUGGAGUAGUUUUUGAGGAAGUCUCGAGAGUUUUUAGAGAAGCUUGGCUCUCUCCUGAAGAAAUGCCGCUUGAUUUCCCUCAUCAUUCGCAGAUCGAUGGUGAGAACCCGUCGAAAGCUUUCGAAGAGCGUUGCUUAUAAGAUAAAUCGAUCAUCCGCCAAAUGCAUGAACAUGUUGAUCUUUUGAUUUAAAUUCAUGAACACAUUUCAAUCUUGAGAUUUGGAAAACUCUCGAUGUGAAUAAAUACCUAAAAACUGCAUCACUAGAGAUCUUUUUCAAGAGUAAUAAACUUAUGAUGUACUUACUAUGUGUUGUGACCUAUGUGCCUGCACUAGCUUUUCUAUCUUUCAAUUUAAUCGUACGAUAUAUUCCAA